CAGUAGAGUGACGUCCGUCCUGUCUCCGCCAAUCGCGUCUCCUGAAAGCUAAGACGUCAGCACGUCGACGUUUCUCGGUUAGUACGCUCUGGGGAACAUGGCGGCCCGCAGCAUUUCUCCAGCAGGGAACAGGCUGCUGUCCGUUGUAAAGUAUGUUUCACUACAGUCCAGAUGCCGUGCAGUGCACAAUGGGGCCCAAUAUUUCAAAGUUCAUGAUCGCAGUGAAAAGACCUUCGACAAGAUCCUCAUUGCCAACAGAGGAGAGAUUGCUUGCAGGGUGAUCAAGACAUGUAAGAAGAUGGGCAUCCAGACUGUAGCUAUUCACAGUGAUAUUGACUCCAAUGCAGUUCAUGUCAAGAUGGCUGAUGAGGCUGUGUGUGUCGGUACAGCCCCCACCAGUAAGAGCUACCUGAACAUGGAUGCCAUCAUGAAUGCCAUCAGAUCAACUGGAGCCCAAGCUGUUCAUCCUGGUUACGGGUUUCUGUCUGAAAACAAAGAAUUUGCUAAACGACUGGCAGCAGAAGGGGUGGCGUUCAUAGGCCCAGACACCUAUGCUAUCCAGGCAAUGGGGGACAAAAUUGAGAGCAAACUAAUUGCUAAGGCUGCUAAGGUCAAUACAAUCCCAGGAUAUGAUGGAGUCGUGAAGACUGCAGAGGAAGCAGUGAAGAUUGCACAGGACAUUGGCUACCCAGUGAUGAUCAAAGCAUCUGCAGGAGGAGGAGGAAAAGGAAUGAGGAUAGCUUGGAACAAUGAGGAAACAAGGGAAGGCUUUCGGUUCUCGUCCCAGGAAGCAUCGUCCAGUUUUGGAGACGACAGGCUGCUUAUUGAGAAGUACAUAGAUAACCCAAGACAUAUAGAGAUACAGGUGUUGGCUGAUAAACAUGGCAAUGCUCUGUGGUUGAAUGAGAGAGAGUGCUCCAUCCAGAGAAGGAACCAGAAAGUGGUGGAGGAAGCUCCAAGUACUUUCCUGGAUGCGGUGACACGGCGGGCGAUGGGUGAGCAGGCAGUGCAGCUGGCCAAGGCUGUGCAAUACUCAUCAGCUGGCACCGUGGAGUUUCUGGUGGACUCUAAGAGGAACUUUUACUUCCUAGAAAUGAACACAAGACUACAGGUGGAACAUCCAAUCACAGAGUGCAUUACUGGCUUAGACCUGGUGGAGCAGAUGAUCAGGGUUGCCAAGGGUUACCAACUGCAGCACAAACAGGAAGACAUCCCAAUAAAUGGCUGGGCCGUUGAGAGUCGCGUCUAUGCUGAGGAUCCUUACAAGUCCUUUGGUCUUCCUUCCAUCGGACGUCUGUCCCAGUACCAGGAACCCCUCAACCUUUGCAAUGUUCGCGUAGACAGUGGCAUCCAAGAGGGCAGUGACAUAAGCAUCUACUAUGAUCCCAUGAUCUCUAAGUUGGUUACCUAUGGAGCUACACGGGCCGAGGCCCUUGCCAGGAUGGAGGAUGCUCUGGAUAACUAUGUGAUUAGAGGAGUGACUCAUAACAUCCCACUCCUGCGAGAGAUCAUCACCCACCCUUGCUUUAUCUCUGGAGACAUUAGCACCAACUUCCUGCCUGAGUUUUACCCUGAAGGCUUUAAGGGCCACAAGCUGGAAGGGAACAGGCGCCGUGAGCUGCUGGCCUCAGCAACAGCUCUCUACAUCACUGCUCAGCUCCGGUCCCAGAAGGUCCUGGGGAACCUGAGAGUCGUGUCAGUUCCUGUGGAAUGCAGCCAGUGGGAGCUGUGCGUGGAGCUGGGGGAGGGACGCUAUGAUGCCACGAUUGCUAAAUCAGACAACAGUUUUACUGUGGAGGUGGAUGGAGGAGAGGUGGAGGUCUGUGGACAGUGGAACCUAGCCUCUCCACUGUUGCCCCUUACCAUCAACGGCUCUGAAAGAAUGCUACAGUGUCUGUCCAGAGAUGCUUCAGGAACGAUAGUCCUGCAGUACCUGGGCACAUUGUUUAAGCUUCGCGUUCUGUCCACGCUGGCAGCAGAGUUGGACUCCCAUAUGCCAGAAAAGGUUGCAGAGGACACCAGCAGCAUCCUGCGUUCACCAAUGCCCGGGACAGUGGUAGCCGUGUCUGUUAAAGCUGGAGAUACGGUUGCAGAGGGACAGGAGAUCUGCGUGAUUGAAGCCAUGAAGAUGCAGAACAGUUUGACAGCAGUCAAACAAGCAACGGUUAAGACUGUCCACUGUAAACCAGGUGAGACUGUGGGAGAAGGAGACCUGCUGGUAGAGCUCCAGUGAAUUCCAGCCUGCUGUUGUGCGUCAAUGGCCCCCCUUCUCUCCCUGUCAAUUCAGAGACCAAGAGAGACAUAGCAAAGUUAACCAACUGGUCACGAGGUGUUGAAAGAGCUAAAUGUGUCAGUGACUAUUUUUGAUUAGAAAAAAAUCUGCAAACACAACGGUCAUUGUAUGUUUCUGACCUUAAAUAGCCAUGACUCUGAUAAGCAGUCUAACCCACUGGAGAAUGUAAGACAUUCUAAAAUCAAAGCCAUUAAUGAUGGAUGAAUUGAUAAAUAACAAUGCCCUCUUCA